AUCAAGUCAAAUAUUUCAUAUUUUGAAUUUCCAACACUCUAUUUAGUGGUAGUUUGCAGGUGCAGUGCUGCACAAACUAGUUAUUUGGGGUAAGGCCACCACCUACCACAACGCCAAACGGAGCAUUUACUCCCCUAGUUCAAUAUGAGAAGAGUACAUAACACAAAUCAUGCAGCCAGAUUUAAUUUAAUUUUGAGGACAAGAUUGUACUAACUUCUAAAGUGUAAUAAUUCUGGAUCAGUCUUAAAUCUUAAUUAUGAUAAAUUUUCUUUUGGAUGGGUGAAUCUUGCUGUCUUACAUGUGUUUCAUCUCGAGCUAUUGCGAUGAUUGCACACAGCACAGUCACCCUGCAUGAUUUGCUGACCCGGCAGGUUUUCACGGCACUUAUUAAUGUAAGGCUUUUCUAGGAAAAACUUAUAUUUGACAAAACAGAAUCAGUCUGUUUAUUGUUUGCCAUGUUGUGCCCAUUUGCUGGAUCUGCCAUGAGAACAUUGAAAACUCAUGCUAUAUCGCUUCAUUAAAAGCUGGAUCUACCUAGGUGAUAACGUACACACACCAGCAAAGGUUCCAUUUUGCGUUUCUCCUUUUGUCACGUGCUUAGACUUUAUAUUGCAUGAAAUAGAUUGUUAUUAGGUCACUUAUCCGGUUUCAUCAGGAUCAUGUCCCGCACCCCAAGCUGCCACCCCGAAGAACAAUAACCCCCUUGGAGCCUUACUCUUAGAGAUGCCGUGAUUCUCGUCUCACGACCCUUUUCCUUGGCCUGGUCAAACCCAGGUCCUGGUUACUGUGCUUUACACAACGAUUUAUCAUCAGAGGCUAUAGAGCUAACUUGAUUGGAGAAAUGAAUUAGUAUUUAUGAAUAUUUACCUUGUGACCAUGAGGUCACGGGUUCAAGUCCUGGAAACAGCCUCUUGCAGAAAUGCAGGGAAAGGCUGCGUACAAAAGACCCAAAGUGGCCGGACCCUUCCCCUGACCCUGCGCAAGCGGGAGCUACAUGCACUGGGCUGCCCCCCAAACUUGGCAUGAUUUGGUGCCAACUCUUGUACCUGGAUCAUUUACUACAAAAGGAUAAGAUGAAUCCCACAGCUCAUGAUCAGACAACACAGCAACAAAAACCAAAUGGCCGAAGAGCAGUUGGUAGCUCGCAAACCUGGACACGGUAUGGUGUUCUGCUACCAAGCCAGCAGACACGGAAGCUAAAAGAAUGGAUUCUAACUGAUGAACAACAACAAGUAGUCAAUGCUAGUGGUCUUGGACAUCUUGCUCUUACGACAGGAUUUACCAUUGACCGUUCCUUGCUUACAGCCUUCUGUGAGAGAUGGAACAACGAAACAAAUACUGCACAUUUCAUGGGAUUUGAAAUGGCACCGUCUCUCCGUGACGUAUCAUAUAUUCUAGGAAUCCCAGUGACUGGUCAUGUGGUGACGGCAGAACCCAUCGGUGAUGAAGCUGUGAAUCGCAUGUGCUUGCAUUACUUAGGAGAGAGCCCUGGAAGCGGAGAGCAACUAUGUGGAUUGAUCAGAUUAACCUGGUUGUACAGGAAAUUCCAUCAACUGCCAGAAAACCCCACCAUCAAUGACAUUGCAUUCAGCACCCGAGCGUACCUUCUAUAUUUGGUUGGCUCCACCUUAUUUCCCGACACAAUGAGGGGAUUUGUAUCCCCAAGAUACCUACCACUUUUGGGGGAUUUCAGGAAGAUACAUGAGUAUGCUUGGGGGGCUGCAGCCCUUGCUCAUUUGUACAGAGGAUUGUCUGUUGCAGUAACACCAAAUGCUACUACCCAGUUUCUCGGGAGUGCAACUUUGCUCAUGGCUUGGAUUUACGAGUAUAUUCCUUUGACUCAACCCCAACAAAAGAAUCAGAACACGUUGCUGCCCCGGGCAUGCCGAUGGAACUUUGGAGGAACAACACGUGGGCAGAGAAAGAAAGUUAUGGAAUGGAGAAAGGAUUUCGAGCAGCUUCAGUUGUCCGAUGUCAACUGGAAUCCUUACAAGGACAUAAAUCCAGCGAUUGUUCCAGGAUAUUGCAUCGCAGCAGAUAACAUUUGCCACUCUCGGACAUGGCUAAUCAGCUUUAACAUAAAAGAGGUGUAUGUACCUGACCGGUUCAAUAGGCAGUUUGGGAGGGAGCAAGGUCGCCUCUAUCAGGUGCCAAUGUGGGCAAGAAGAACUUGGAGUAAAGGGAAAGACUGGAGGGUUGAGUAUGCUCGUGAGAUUGAUGACUUCCAUCAAUUGGUUGGUUGUCGUUUUAUCCCUUCUACGGGAGCUAAUAUAAACUCCCUCCCGAGUGAGUCUAUAGCUGGACAGAGCAGUACCAGAUGCAGCCGGAAUGCAUCUCAAAACUUCUCUAUGAUGGUGGAAGAUUUAAAGAAUGAUCUCCCGGUAAUUGAUCGUUAUCUGGAGGGACAGGUACUCCCCGUGGAGGUUGCAAGCUUCCUAGAGAGGGUGAGCAUGAUGAUCAAAACUUAUUCCCCACCGCAGAGCAAUGAAAGGAAAGAUGAAGCAGCUCAGAGCAAGAAUGUGAGAGCAAAGAAUCCAAGAAAGAGGGCGAGGAAACCUUUGGUCUCUGAAGAUCCUUCAAGCCCUCAGGACUGCGGGGUAGACCGGUAUGCAGGUGCGCUGGUGCCUUAUCAGGCUAGCAAGUGUGACAGGGUGUUGGAUGGCACCGUGCCUCUGCUAAACAGAGGGGAAGCGUUGAAGGAAAAUGAGGUGAUGGAUCCCUGGCAAAUGUCGCAUUUGACAGCAGAGUCGUCUUCGUCUGGAGACUCGAGCUUGCCGGAAUCAAGGAGGCGGAGGUGUGAGGAAUCCGGAGCCCCGAGGAGCAACCAGGGCGUCCGAAGGAGUGGAAGGAUGUGCGUGCAGCUCAAAAUGUUGAAGCACAGGGACGGGGUUGGGGCCGAGGAGACCAACCCGAUCUUCCUCUGAUAAGGGACUGACGCUGCCCGUCGUUUGGUCUUGGGCAUUGUACAAAGUAGUGGACCUGUCGUCGCGCUGCCGCAGACAGUUUACUGUUUUUUAUGUAGCGUUUGUAUGCCUUUGGUCGUGGUGACUGGUGAGUGAAAACCUGGCCUUUGGCAUGCGUACAUGAGUCGUGUAGGCUGGUGGGGCAAGGUAGAUGCCGCGCAACCUUUGUGGCGUAUGCACUGCUA